GCGCGGGAGCUUUGGUUAUCAAACAGUGGAGUUUGAGGGAAACAAGUGAGCAGGAAGGUGAAACCUGAAACCUGCAGCGACAUCACAACAAUUAUUAGCUUUUAUAGCUUAUGAUUAGGAUACAAAGAGCCACUCUGUUCACACACGGACCAUGGCUAUGAGGAGCGAGGCCAGGGUGCAGGCAGAGGCAGAGGAGGAGGAAAACUUCGGCCCGCAGCCUCUGUGCAGACUGGAGCAAUGUGGAAUCAGUGCCAGCGACAUCAAGAAGCUGGAGGACGCAGGUUUCCACACCAUCGAGGCGGUGGCCUACGCGCCCAAGAAGGAGCUGCUCAACAUCAAGGGCAUCAGUGAGGCCAAAGCGGACAAAGUUCUGGCUGAAGCUGCCAAACUCGUGCCCAUGGGUUUCACCACGGCUACCGAGUUCCACCAGAGGAGAGCAGAGAUCAUCCAGGUCUCUACAGGCUCCAAGGAGCUCGACAAACUCCUGCAGGGUGGCAUUGAGACCGGCUCCAUCACAGAGAUGUUUGGAGAGUUUCGGACAGGGAAAACCCAGCUGUGCCACACUCUGGCUGUCACCUGUCAGCUGCCCAUCGAUCAGGGGGGCGGAGAAGGUAAAGCCAUGUACAUCGACACAGAGGGAACCUUCAGACCAGAGAGACUCCUCGCGGUUGCUGAGAGGUACGGGCUGGUAGGCAGUGAUGUUCUGGACAAUGUGGCGUACGCCCGAGCCUUCAACACGGACCAUCAGACCCAGCUGCUGUACCAAGCCUCUGCCAUGAUGGCUGAGUCCAGGUACGCUCUGCUGAUAGUGGACAGUGCCACGGCCCUGUACAGAACAGACUACUCUGGCAGAGGCGAGCUGUCGGCCAGACAGGGACACCUGGGACGCUUCCUCCGCAUGCUGCUGCGGCUGGCAGACGAGUUUGGCGUUGCCGUAGUGAUAACCAACCAGGUGGUAGCACAGGUGGAUGGGGCUGCCAUGUUUUCUGCAGAUCCCAAGAAACCAAUUGGAGGCAACAUUAUGGCCCACGCCUCCACCACACGUCUGUACCUGAGGAAAGGCAGAGGAGAGACGAGGAUCUGUAAAAUCUACGACUCGCCCUGCCUGCCGGAGGCCGAAGCCAUGUUUGCCAUUAACGCCGAUGGAGUGGGUGACGCCAAGGACUAAGACAACUGUGUUGUGUUUGUGUGGUCUUGACCCAUACUACUGCCCUCACACAAAGCCUCAGACUGAUGGGGGAUAAAGAGUCAAAGGUCCCGGGUUGUGUGAUUUGGUUUGAUGCUGAUUGAGACAGAGUGGAUAAGAUGGUCCAAGCUGGAGCUCAGUGGUGCAACAGCAAGAUGGAACGUUUAGUUUUCUGCAGACGGAGUGCUCAUUCAUACUGACGCACAUUGCACUGAACAGAGGAAAGUUGUGACAUAGUAUCUCAUACUUACAAUACCUGUUCUGUUAUGAGACGCUACUUCAUAGUUAUUUUUUGUAAUUAUAACUUCUCAUCAUACUGAGAUCACAAAUCACAUCAAGAUCCAAAAUAUGACAAUUUACACUUAAGUCCCGCCCCUUUUUGCUCUGUGCUCCAAUAAGAGUUGAGCAAGCCUCGGUCAACUUCUCCUUUCCUGCACUUAGAUAUGCUAUGUGCUAGGCUAAUCUACUGCAUUUUGAAGAUGGUUAAAAGAUAAGUGGCACAGUGGCUUAUUAGUUAGCUAAUCUACAUCAAUGGUUAGAUACUAACUUGCCAGCUAACUAGAAAGCCAACAGUUGACGUAGAUUAGCAAGGUAGUUAGCUAGUGUUUUGCUAACUUGGGAUGUGACUAUAUAUAAAAUAGAAUAAAAGUGACAUAUAUAUAUAUAACAUUCUUCAAAAAGUGGCUGUCUUUUCAACAUAGAUUAGCCUAGCACAUAGCAUAUGUAAGAACAGGAAAGGAGGAAGCUGACCGAGGUUCCAAAAAGGAUGGGACUUAGGAAGGGUGAGUCAUGAAAAAAUCUCUCUCAUAACUUAAAAUAAAAAAGUCGUCAUAGCAACUUCUUAAUGGCAUCAUUAGAUCUUUACUGCAUGAUUACAAAAAACCCCAGAAAAACUAAGGAUCUCAUAAUUCAGAUGCUAACUCAUAUUUAGAGAUUGGGUCUCCAUCUUUUUUCUUUGUUGAAUACAAUGUGCUUCUGUAGUUUCAAAGCAAAAAAAUUAUUUAGUAAAAACAGUUUGUGAGAGUGAAAUGUUUUGUGAGAAUGUGGUUGAAAUGCAACUACAAAGCCAUAUUUUUUAUACCAUAGUUUCUCAGAUUACUAGAAAGCAAUGUUUUCCUCUGUUGCCAUCUACAGUACUAUUGGUAUGUCUCUUUUCUCUUUGUGUUUUCCAGAACCUUCUGUAUAUAGGCUUCAUAGCUAAAUAAAAAAUUGUUUUACCAUUAAA